GGUUUUCUUUCUGCCUUGGAAGCUUUUUGAUUAGUGAAGGAAGGUUGUGAAGCCUUUCUUGCUCAAGUUACUGUUGUAAAUGAUAAGAAGGUUGAGGAUGUAGAGGUGGUAAGGGAGUUUCCUGAUGUAUUCCCCGAAGAACUUUCCGGCCUUCCACCAUAAAGGGAAGUAGAGUUUGAUAUUCAAUUGGUGCCUGGCACAACACCAAUUUCAAUGGCACCAUAUAGAAUGGCACCAAUUGAGCUGAAGGAGCUUAAAGAACAAUUGCAAGAAUUGCUAGACAAGGGGUUUAUUCGACCUAGCAUCUCACCUUGGGGUGCACCGGUUCUGUUUGUCAAGAAGAAAGAUGGCUCCAUGAGAAUGUGCAUUGACUACCGGAGGUUGAAUAAGGCGACAGUGAAGAAUCGUUAUCCCCUUCCAAGAAUAGAUGAUUUGUUUGAUCAAUCGCAGGGUGCAUCUGUCUUUUCUAACAUUGAUUUGAGGUCUGGAUACCAUCAACUGAAAGUGGCAGAUGGAGCGACCUCAAAGACAGCUUUUAGAACAAGAUAUGGGCAUUAUGAGUUCCUGGUAAUGCCUUUUGGACUCACUAAUGCACUAGCGGUACUUGUAGCUCUUAUGAACAGAGUUUUCCAUGAAUAUCUUGAUAAGUUUGUGAUUGUGUUCAUAGAUGAUAUUCUCAUCUAUUCUAAAAGCGAGAAGGAGCACAAAACUCACCUUAGAAUUGUGUUGCAAAUUCUAAGGGAGAAACAAUUAUAUGCAAAAUUCUCAAAAUGUGAGUUUUGGCUGAAGGAGGUAAUAUUUCUGGGACAUGUAAUUUCUGGGAGAGGUGUCGAGGUGGAUCCGAAAAAGGUGGAAGCAGUGGUGAGUUGGGCUCCACCAAAAGAUGUGUCAGAGUUGAGAAGUUUUCUUGGCAUGGCGGGUUACUAUCGGCGGUUCGUAGAAGGAUUUUCUAAAAUUGCUGCACCAUUGACUAAACUGUUGAGGAAGAAUACCAAGUAUGUUUGGGAUGAAUCAUGUCAAAAGAGUUUUGAUGAACUGAAGAAGAAAUUGACCACAGCACCAGUACUUGCAUUACCUUCAAACCAUGGAGAGUUUGUGGUGUAUAAUGAUGCCUCAUAUCAAGGAUUGGGUUGUGUGUUAAUGCAAGAUGGAAGAGUUAUUGCAUAUGCCUCUAGGCAAUUGCGUCCUCAUGAAGUAAAUUAUCCCACUCAUGAUUUGGAGUUGGCAGCGGUGGUAUUUGCUCUCAAGAUUUGGCGACAUUAUUUGUAUGGUGAGACUUUUAAAAUCCUCACUGAUCAUAAAAGUCUGAAGUAUAUUAUGGAUCAGAAGAAUUUAAAUAGUCUCCAAAGGAGAUGGAUUGAACUUCUAAAAGAUUAUGAUUGUACAAUUGAUUACCAUCCAGGUAAAGCUAAUGUAGUUGUUGAUGCCCUAAGCAGAAAGGGGAAGAAGAAUAUAAAUGAUCUGGUUGAUUUGAGGGCAAUAAAUGUGGAUUUGGAAGUGGAUGGUGUAACAGGGUUACUAGCUCGGUUGAACAUUCAACCUUUGUUGCAUGACAAAAUUCGUGAGAAGCAGAAGGAGGACCCAGAGUUGGCAAAAAUCAUUCAAGACAUUGAGGAAGGAAAAGAAAGCCCAUUUGAAAUGGUAGAUGGCAUGUUGAAGAUGAAUGGAAUAGCAUGUGUUCCUAAUGUUGAUAACUUGAGGAAAGAGAUCCUAGAUGAAGCUCAUUCUUAUGCUUAUGCUAUGCACCCAGGAGCAACUAAAAUGUAUCACACGAUUAAACCAUAUUUUUGGUGGCGUGGGAUGAAAAAGGAAGCGGCUGAACAUGCUUUCACAUGUCUGGUAUGUCAGAAAGUUAAGGCAGAACAUCAAGCUCCUGUAGGGAAACUGCAACCACUUCCAAUUCCAGAAUGGAAGUGGGAAAGAAUCACAAUGGAUUUUGUAUAUGGUCUCUCAUCAUCACGGGGAAAAGAUGCAGUAUGGGUUAUUGUGGACUGACUGACCAAAUCGGCUCACUUUUUACCCAUUAGAUGGAAACCAUCACUGGAGACUUUGUCUCAACUAUAUAUUAAGGAGAUCGUCAGAUUGCAUGGUGUGCCAAUUUCUAUUGAAGAGAUCGAGACCCGAGCUUCACAUCUCGGUUUUGGCAAAGUUUACAUGAUGCCUUGGGAACUAAACUGCAUUUUACAUC